AUGCAACAACAGCAACAACAGAAACACUUGGUAGGCUCCGGCGCUACGAACAACACAAUGGGUAGAGUUGAUUUCUUACAAUUACCCGCUUCAUGUAAUGCUGAAGGCAGCAGCAGGUGGCGUUGGCGGUUUCAAACACAGCAACAGCGGCAUCAACACGGUGACAGUGACAGCGGUGAAGGUGAAGAUGGAGGAGUUUUUUAUAACGUUCAGAGAGUUGAGGAUGAUGGGAAGGAGACUGACAUCAUGUAUGUUGCUAAAACUAUAGGAAACGAAGUGCUUCACCAUGAAGUAACCCCACGUUACCCAAACAGUCGCAGCUCCAUAAAUGACGAGUUAUCAUCUGCGACCGGAAGCAGCAGCAGCAAUGAUAUAUGUGAGGAGCCCCUCCCUCUUUACUUUAUCCGUAAUGCGGGGAAGCGCAGGAUCGGCCCCGUGUGCGAGUCCGUCACGGAGAAAGAACGAACCCACUUUUCCACCGAGAGUGUCAGAAAAGCCGAUAUUACCCCGCCUACUGAACCUUUACAGGUGGAAAUAAUAUCAAAACGAACCUCAUACAUCGGCUUACAUGUAUUUCAGGAACAGAAUGAGAUUGUGGCGCACGUAGAAGAAGAGAAACACAGCAGCGACGAUUCCGAUUACCGAGAACAACGUGAAGGCGACACCCCAAUGGUCCCAAGCUUUGUGUACUACAGUGCGCCGCGCCGCGGGCAACACACUUCUGAAAGCGAGGAAUAUGCCACAGAGUUUGAUGAGAGUUGCGCACCAGCAACAAACAAUGAACACCACCACGCGUCACCACUAAAACCAACACUAAUAAAAAAACGAUGUUAUAUACCUGUACCCUCACCACCCGAAGGCCAUACAAAGGUCAGCAUGAGUUACCAUACAUCCAUACAAUCAGCAACACCACCUUCGGAAAUAACAUCGCCAUUGCAAGUUAGCUUUAUACGCAGCAAGUUAUGCGGUAACUACAGGUCAGAAGCUGAGGCACAGCUUCCGAUGAGUAUUGAAGCGAUAAAAGGUGCUUUCCAGAGGUCAGAUAAGUCAGCAAAAGCAACGCUGCCCCCGUCUAUGAGACGGCAAGCAAGGGAGUGCAAGCCACAGCGUCAGCAGCAACCUGAAUGCUUUCGUGAGCGAAGAGAAGUAAGUUCUUCUUCAUCUGAAGACGAAUACAACGGAGUGAUGAUACCCGCAAAAGAAGGCAGGAGGAAUGCACACACAUUUAAAAAGGUUAACACUGUCAGAGAACAAGAACACAAAAACGGGGGUCUAAAAGAAGAGCAACAGAUGAGGGAGAGCGAUAUUCAAAAGAAUAGAGCACAACAAGUUGUUUUUGGUUUUAUGCCAAAGCAAAAUCACAAACACACAGAGGUGCACGAAGCAUGUGAUGAGCAAAUGCCAGUGAGUGUGUGUGGUAUUCUCGAACAACCACUUUCUAUGGCUCAUGUGUUUGACAGCUUAAUGAAAGAUGCGGAGGUGCACGAAGCAUGUGAUGAGCAAAUGCCAGUGAAUGUGUGUGAUAUUCUCGAACAACCACUUUCUAUGGCUCAUGUGUUUGACAGCUUAAUGAAAGAUGCGGAGGUGCACGAAGCAUGUGAUGAGCAAAUGCCAGUGAAUGUGUGUGAUAUUCUCGAACAACCACUUUCCAUGGCUCAUGUGUUUGACAGCUUAAUGAAAGAUGCGGAGGUGCACGAAGCAUGUGAUGAGCAAAUGCCAGUGAAUGUGUGUGAUAUUCUCGAACAACCACUUUCUAUGGCUCAUGUGUUUGACAGCUUAAUGAAAGAUGCGGAGGUGCACGAAGCAUGUGAUGAGCAAAUGCCAGUGAGUGUGUGUGAUAUUCUCGAACAACCACUUUCCAUGGCUCAUGUGUUUGACAGCUUAAUGAAAGAUGCGGAGGUGCACGAAGCAUGUGAUGAGCAAAUGCCAGUGAGUGUGUGUGGUAUUCUCGAACAACCACUUUCCAUGGCUCAUGUGUUUGACAGCUUAAUGAAAGAUGCGGAGGUGCACGAAGCAUGUGAUGAGCAAAUGCCAGUGAAUGUGUGUGAUAUUCUCGAACAACCACUUUCUAUGGCUCAUGUGUUUGACAGCUUAAUGAAAGAUGCGGAGGUGCACGAAGCAUGUGAUGAGCAAAUGCCAGUGAAUGUGUGUGAUAUUCUCGAACAACCACUUUCCAUGGCUCAUGUGUUUGACAGCUUAAUGAAAGAUGCGGAGGUGCACGAAGCAUGUGAUGAGCAAAUGCCAGUGAAUGUGUGUGAUAUUCUCGAACAACCACUUUCUAUGGCUCAUGUGUUUGACAGCUUAAUGAAAGAUGCGGAGGUGCACGAAGCAUGUGAUGAGCAAAUGCCAGUGAGUGUGUGUGAUAUUCUCGAACAACCACUUUCCAUGGCUCAUGUGUUUGACAGCUUAAUGAAAGAUGCGGAGGUGCACGAAGCAUGUGAUGAGCAAAUGCCAGUGAAUGUGUGUGAUAUUCUCGAACAACCACUUUCUAUGGCUCAUGUGUUUGACAGCUUAAUGAAAGAUGCGGAGGUGCACGAAGCAUGUGAUGAGCAAAUGCCAGUGAAUGUGUGUGAUAUUCUCGAACAACCACUUUCCAUGGCUCAUGUGUUUGACAGCUUAAUGAAAGAUGCGGAGGUGCACGAAGCAUGUGAUGAGCAAAUGCCAGUGAGUGUGUGUGAUAUUCUCGAACAACCACUUUCCAUGGCUCAUGUGUUUGACAGCUUAAUGAAAGAUGCGGAGGUGCACGAAGCAUGUGAUGAGCAAAUGCCAGUGAGUGUGUGUGGUAUUCUCGAACAACCACUUUCCAUGGCUCAUGUGUUUGACAGCUUAAUGAAAGAUGCGGAGGUGCACGAAGCAUGUGAUGAGCAAAUGCCAGUGAGUGUGUGUGGUAUUCUCGAACAACCACUUUCCAUGGCUCAUGUGUUUGACAGCUUAAUGAAAGAUGCGGAGGUGCACGAAGCAUGUGAUGAGCAAAUGCCAGUGAAUGUGUGUGGUAUUCUCGAACAACCACUUUCUAUGGCUCAUGUGUUUGACAGCUUAAUGAAAGAUGCGGAGGUGCACGAAGCAUGUGAUGAGCAAAUGCCAGUGAAUGUGUGUGAUAUUCUCGAACAACCACUUUCCAUGGCUCAUGUGUUUGACAGCUUAAUGAAAGAUGCGGAGGUGCACGAAGCAUGUGAUGAGCAAAUGCCAGUGAGUGUGUGUGGUAUUCUCGAACAACCACUUUCCAUGGCUGAUGUGUUUGACAGCUUAAUGAAAGAUGCGGAGGUGCACGAAGCAUGUGAUGAGCAAAUGCCAGUGAAUGUGUGUGGUAUUCUCGAACAACCACUUUCCAUGGCUCAUGUGUUUGACAGCUUAAUGAAAGAUGCGGAGGUGCACGAAGCAUGUGAUGAGCAAAUGCCAGUGAAUGUGUGUGAUAUUCUCGAACAACCACUUUCCAUGGCUCAUGUGUUUGACAGCUUAAUGAAAGAUGCGGAGGUGCACGAAGCAUGUGAUGAGCAAAUGCCAGUGAGUGUGUGUGGUAUUCUCGAACAACCACUUUCUAUGGCUCAUGUGUUUGACAGCUUAAUGAAAGAUGCGGAGGUGCACGAAGCAUGUGAUGAGCAAAUGCCAGUGAGUGUGUGUGGUAUUCUCGAACAACCACUUUCCAUGGCUCAUGUGUUUGACAGCUUAAUGAAAGAUGCGGAGGUGCACGAAGCAUGUGAUGAGCAAAUGCCAGUGAAUGUGUGUGAUAUUCUCGAACAACCACUUUCCAUGGCUCAUGUGUUUGACAGCUUAAUGAAAGAUGCGGAGGUGCACGAAGCAUGUGAUGAGCAAAUGCCAGUGAGUGUGUGUGGUAUUCUCGAACAACCACUUUCUAUGGCUCAUGUGUUUGACAGCUUAAUGAAAGAUGCGGAGGUGCACGAAGCAUGUGAUGAGCAAAUGCCAGUGAAUGUGUGUGAUAUUCUCGAACAACCACUUUCUAUGGCUCAUGUGUUUGACAGCUUAAUGAAAGAUGCGGAGGUGCACGAAGCAUGUGAUGAGCAAAUGCCAGUGAAUGUGUGUGAUAUUCUCGAACAACCACUUUCCAUGGCUGAUGUGUUUGACAGCUUAAUGAAAGAUGCGGAGGUGCACGAAGCAUGUGAUGAGCAAAUGCCAGUGAGUGUGUGUGGUAUUCUCGAACAACCACUUUCCAUGGCUCAUGUGUUUGACAGCUUAAUGAAAGAUGCGGAGGUGCACGAAGCAUGUGAUGAGCAAAUGCCAGUGAGUGUGUGUGGUAUUCUCGAACAACCACUUUCCAUGGCUCAUGUGUUUGACAGCUUAAUGAAAGAUGCGGAGGUGCACGAAGCAUGUGAUGAGCAAAUGCCAGUGAAUGUGUGUGAUAUUCUCGAACAACCACUUUCCAUGGCUGAUGUGUUUGACAGCUUAAUGAAAGAUGCGGAGGUGCACGAAGCAUGUGAUGAGCAAAUGCCAGUGAGUGUGUGUGGUAUUCUCGAACAACCACUUUCUAUGGCUCAUGUGUUUGACAGCUUAAUGAAAGAUGCGGAGGUGCACGAAGCAUGUGAUGAAAAAACAAUCUUACUUGUUGUGCGUGAGACAAAUGUGGUUGUACAUCAACUGUGCGCUGAGAGAGAGCUGUCUCCGCUAUUGAGGUUUGGUCGGUAUUUGAAGUCGGUUAUUGGUACCGUUUGCAGUGUUGUAGGUGGGGUAGUCGGGUUAGGGACUUUAUCUCCCCAUCUUUUUAAGGGCUUCGUCGUGGAGGGGAAGAAGACUUCGUGUUUAAUACCGAGGGUUUCUGGAUAUCCCUUCAAGAAGUGCUCUUACUUACCAAAGGGGUCAUUGAUGGUUGUUAUGUUGAUGGAUGCUGAAGGGCGGCAGGUCCUCACAAAACAUUUCGUAUUGAAUAGUGGUAGCCUUGGUCUUUUCAAGGAAUUAACUGUAAUGGCAGAUGAGGAUGCGGCCUCGCGGCAGGACAGGGUGUUGAACGUAAGCCGAAGGUUGCGAAAUGCCGUAAAACUCAUUGGUGGUAUCGAGGGUUGUGUGAGUGUGGCAGAUUCACCUCAGAACCCGGGGAGGUUGAGGCUCCAAGUGAUGCCGAGGCACGUUCGCACCUCCAAGCUGAUUUCGUUGUGGGAAGUGAGCGUGAUUCCUAGUAUAAUAAUCACCGAAAUUGCAAGUAAGCCGGACCUUUUUUUGUUUAGUUUGAGUGGUGGGAUUGCACACUAUUCCAUGAAAGUCCCCCGUGCCGCAUGUAGAGGCGACACGCGUAACAUGUCGUGGAUUUAUGAAAAAGGAGAGAUUCAAACUGACGCAUUGGAUAAGCUGUCGGUGCGACGAUGCCGACACAGACCCAACUGUGGAGAUGGGUUGUCCACCCAUUGUUUGACUGUAGAGGCGGUGCAAAACCUUAUGCACGGUGAAAUGGUGGAAGUCGGCCUCGAGCAUCUUUCCGGUUCCAAGGGGGAAACGUCGAGGCAAGAGUGCGGUAACUCUUUGACAAAUGGAAGAGGGAGGUCAACCUCAUCAGUUGCAAUAUCUGCAGUACCAGACGUGAGAGAGUCCGCUAUCGACGACCAGGUUAUGAGGGUGGUGCCGUGGUCGCCAAGCGCAUUCGUGCGUGACCCGAUAGUAUCGCGGGAUCGACGGGUUCUUGGCCACAGCGAUGCUCCGCGGCUGUCGCCGUCGUUAGGCUCACUGUCCUUAGCGACAGGUGAAAGUGACCAGCAUCCAGCGCACUGCGCAUUGGUACGACUGGGGCCGUUGUCGUCGGCAAAACAGGAAACCAGGACCAACGAAAACCGGGUGGGGGCACUGCAGGUCGCCGGGGACGACACAAGCUUGAAUGGGUUGUAUGAACGAAAGAGAUUGGGUCUACUGGACUUCGUGCGAGCUGGCAGACCUGACGCCCCAAAAACCAAGGUCCUUUCCGACAGAACGCAGAGCGGAAGUGACUCUCCACAAGGAAUGGGCGUUCGGCUGCCGCGUACGGCUGUUGCCAGACAAUUCCUUCCCGAUCGAACGUACGGUGGUGUCGAGAGUGCCAUUUUUGGUUGUGAUGUGUCUCAGUGGCCUGGUGAUUUUGAGAAACGGGAACAGCAUUGUCAGAAAAGCCUCUCAGACAUCAUACCCAUCACUCAGCGGGAGGCAGAGGAGUUAGGGAGAGAGCGACACUUCAUCGAGAGGAUACUCGGCAAGGCAUCACGCCUAAGCCAACGUAACGUGACAGUGAGGGAGGUUGAGGCUGACGAGGUAGCAAUGGAGUUGAUAUUUCAAAGCGAGGAUCUCUCUCAGGCGUACAAGUGUCAAGUCUCACUUCUUGCUAAAGCAUACCUUGAGGAGGUUGAGGCUGCGGCUGUUCGACGGGUUAUCGAAUUGUCUAGGGGCUCCCCUCGUGCGGAUACUUUACAACAUGCGCUGGCGGUACGUGAAGGUCGGCGGAUGCAACUUUCAGAGAAGGCAGCAAACGAGAUGAAGGCUGGGACUGCUAUUCAUAACGGUCCAAUCGACAGAGCCAACCCCCGUGGCGUGCCCCAGCCCUGGGCGCACCUGUGCCACCACGAUCUAGUGGCAGAUGGCAACGCACAAGCUAUCGCUGCUGCUUGUAGAGGUGCCCAGCAUUUUGGCACGAAAAUGUUUGCGUACAUUUGUGAGCUGUCGAAACAGAAGGAGGAGAAGAAUGAGUCAAUUUUCAAUAAGUACCCAUUCUUACCGCCGCUACCGUACGGUGUUCCUCUGUCGGACAUAGAACUUUCCACCGACCUGGAGUUUAGGCAGUGUGCACUCAAGCUACGGGAGAAUCCCAACGACGAAGGCAGUAAAGAUGAGAUGCGCUGUAUUGUGUUACGACUUGCAAAGGUCCAUGCGAUCGACCGCGUUAACACGGCUCCCGAAGGGUUAAGAGGGCUGUGGGAUACAAUUUUGCAACAUCAUCCUGUAUCCGAGUGUGAUAACGGGAGUGGCUUCUAUGGCAACACUGCGGUUUGUGUUGAUGAGGAUCGUCUCCCGCAGCUUACUGGCCCAACUGUUGCCGAUGUGAGAGUACUGCGGGGAUUGGGCGGUGGGUCUGCUUAUAAGCAAUUCAUUGCCUGUUGCAGGAAAGACCUACCCUGCGCGUUGAAACGGUGGGGCACGCAGCUGGCACUUGGUGGAGCUGAUGCUUUUCACUUAAGCACAGAGGACCUCGGACUCAUCAGGGGUUUCUAUAAUGGCGCAGCAGGGGGCAGUGGCAAGUUGUUGAGCUACGGAAACUUCGAGGAGUUUUUGGUGCAAACUCUGGGAAGUCGUCCAGACGUAACAUUAGCGGGGCUCAACCAGCUGCUCCAAACGACAUUUGCAGCACUGAGUAGACCACAUGUUGUAAAGUUUGAUGACUUUACCCAGUUCCUUACGGCGCUUGCUGCUUGCGAGUAUCUUGGUGGUGGCAACCCUCUUCCAGCAGUGAGACGGCGCCCUGCUGGGAAACUGGCCCCUCUGCUGGUAACACCUCCUCGUGCAUCCGUGGCGACGCGUUUCCCCGAUUCGUCGAGACAUCGCUUCGAUUUAGUCCCACUCUGCCCAAGAGAAACACGGUUACAGCCUUUAAGGGUUAAUAAGACAACUGACUCUCCUGUGCCUGUAUCGGUCGCCUCUGAAACGACAGAGGUGACUACGUUUGCAGGUGAUGGUGCACACGAGCGGCGGUGCAGCACCGGAGCUGGUGGUGCGUUCCGACGCGCCGCGCUGCAGCGGCCAUCAACUGCUCAGUGGAGCGUUGUGCCGAGAGAACGUGUUCCGCAACACGCGUCACCGCCCUUGAUGCCACGCAACGCAGAGGUAUGGACACCUGAGGUUACUGGAAAAAGCGGAAGUGAGUCUGUUACGCCUGAAAGCACAUCGGAAUCGGGAAAUGAAGAGGCGUAA